AUGUUGUGUUUCUUCGUGUUCCUGCAGUCUGCAAGUGAAGUCAGCUUCAUUAGUUUCAUGAUGGCACAUCAGUACAUGGCUGGUGUUGCCGCUUCCUUCAAGCUACUCCCGGAGCAUGAUCUGGGCUGCCUUGGUUUGGAUAAGCUUGUAAGGAUUUGUCAGCCAGAUGUGACAAGAUUGUCAAGAGCCCUGAGCAAACUAAGGAUUCCAAACCUCUACCCAUCAAGCCAAGUAGAAAUAGUUCAAUCCAAUGUUGUCUUUGAUAUCAGUAGCCUCAUGUUGUACGGAACCCAAGCCAUUCCUGUGCGCCUUAAAAUUCUGCUCGAUCGGCUUUUCAGUGUUCUGAAGCAGGAAGAGGUGAUACAGAUUCUCCAUGCUCUGGAUUGGACACUGCAGGAUUAUAUACGUGGAUAUGUGCUGCAGGAUGCUUCAGGAAAGGUGCUGGAUCACUGGAGCAUAAUGACCACUGAAGAAGAACUGGCUACUUUGCAGCAGUUCCUUCGCUUUGGAGAAACUAAGUCCAUUGUAGAGUUAAUGGCAAUUCAAGAGAAAGAAGGGCAGUCGAUCAUAAUACCACCACCAACUGCCAAUUUGGAUAUUAGGGCAUUCAUUGAGAGCUGCAACCCACACAGUCCUAAUUUUUCUGCUUCCUUGGACAAAAUGAGCCCCACCAACAUUCAUCCCUUUGAGAAUCUUGUAAAUAACAUGGCUUUCAUGCUGCCGUUUCAGUUUUUCAGUCCAGUGCCUCCACCUUUGAUAGGUUCACCACCAGAAAGACAUUUGAUUGAGCAAGGUCAAGAGCAUAGCAACGAAACCAAACAAGAUCUUCAGAUACCAUUUUCUGAAAGCAGUUUCUUAACUUCUAGUUCUGCACCAUUUCAAGUUGAAAAUGAGAGGAGCAUAAAUGGCCCAGAUAUCACUAAAACAGAAGAUGAUGCCCUUUUAAGUGAUUCCAGUUCACAUAAUACAGCAGCCAAGCUUGAAAUGACAGCACUAUCUCCAGAAAACAAAAUGAAAUCUGUUGAAAAAAAUGCUGGGCCAAGGAAAGGGCGUGUCUUCUGCACUGCAUGUGAAAAAACAUUUUACGAUAAAGGUACUUUGAAAAUACAUUACAAUGCUGUUCAUCUGAAGAUAAAGCACAAAUGCACCAUUGAGGGCUGCAAUAUGGUGUUCAGCUCUUUGCGUAGUCGAAAUCGUCAUAGUGCAAAUCCUAACCCCAGACUCCAUAUGCCAAUGAACAGAAAUAACAGGGAUAAGGAUCUAAGAAAUGGUUUGACCAUUGCUGGACCUGGAGACAGUAAAAGGACAGAAUUCACAAUUUUAACUCCGGAUAGCAGAACUAUUUCCAGCUAUGCCAGCUCCUGUACAGAUUCAAAAGGCCAGGCUGGAUUUUCCAGUAUUGGGCAUAAUGGUGUCCUCUUUCCAAACCUGAAGACAGUACAGCCUGUUCUUCCUUUUUACCGUAGUCCAGUCACACCAGCCGAGCUUGCCAAUACUCCAGGUACUCUUCCUUCUCUGCCUCUCGUUUCUUCCUCCAUACCAGAGCAGCUUGUUUCCAAUGAAUUGCCAUUUGACAUGCUCCCCAAGAAGAAGUCUCGUAAGUCCAGUAUGCCCAUUAAGAUAGAGAAAGAAGCUGUUGAGACGCCCAAUGAAAGUAGCGAUGUUGCCAGCUCUGAAGAUGAUUCACGCCUGCAGGGGGUAAGCGAUGGAGAGCUUGAGACCUGUGAGCAUAAGAUAGAGAAGCGGGUGACCGACAGGGUGGAAAAGCACCCCCAUUCAGGUAAUUCAUGGAAAUCUCUCUCUGGGGUAGAGGGCCCAAAGUAUUUUGAAUCUGUCUUUGCACCAAAUAACAAAUACAUCGAGGAUAUCUCUGAGAAUGAAUUGCAACACUGUGAGAAAGAGGUUAAACCAGAAGAAAACCAACCAUUAAAAAUAGUUUCCCAUGAGAUUAUGUAUGAAGAUCCAAAACACCACCACAGUGAUGUUAUAAAACCAAUGACUGAACCCCCCAUGUAUAUUAAAGAGCAGUCAAAGCACAGGAUUCCUAAAAAUGACUGCCCUGAAUUGCAACACCACUUGCUGACCGGGGGCUUUUUCAGCACUUUGUCAAACAGGGGUGCUGCCAUUCCUUGUUUUGAAGACUCUAAAGAUAUGGAUCAUGUCAGUCAACAUGCACUAGGGAUUCAGAAGGAAGAAAGCCGCUUUCAUUGUGACAUCUGUAAGAAGACUUUUAAAAACCCUUACAGUGUAAAAAUGCAUUUCAAAAAUGUACAUCUCAAAGAAAUGCAUAUUUGCACAGUUGAGGGCUGUAAUGCUGCUUUCCCUUCUCGUAGAAGUCGAGACAGACAUAGUUCAAACCUAAAUCUUCAUCAUAAACUUCUGACUAAAGAUACACUGGAAUUCAACAACCAUUUCAAUGCAACAUACCUCUUGAAAGACAUGGCUAAGGAGUUUUGCCAAGAUGUCUCUUUAAAACAACACGUUGGACGUACUUCUGUAAUCUUCAAAGGAGUGAACAGAACAGGCAGCUACAUUUUUCCAAUGAGCAAAAUUGCAGAACCCUGUUCUGAGAGCUAUGGAUACGAUCCAUUAAAUGAUGGAGCUGUUCUGGAUCUAAGCACUACUUCCAGCGUUAAAUCUGAGAGCAGUGCUCAUUCUUCUUGGGAUUCUGACGGAGGAAGUGAGAUAUGCACCAUGCCCUUGGAUGAUAGUGACGAAAGCUGUGAAGGACCCAGCCUAAUGCCCAGUGAUGAACUCUACCAAGACUGUUCUCUAAUUGAGAAAGCUAAUCAAAACUUUAUAAACUUGCCUUCCAGUUUGCCAAUAACUUGUCAUAUAUGUCAGAAAACAUACAGUAAUAAAGGAACUUUCAGGGCUCAUUACAAAACUGUGCAUCUCCGCCAGCUCCAUAAAUGCAAAAUCCCAGGUUGCAACACAAUGUUUUCAUCUGUUCGCAGUCGGAACAGGCACAGUCAAAACCCCAAUCUGCACAAAAGUCUGGCUGGGUCACCAACUAGCUUACAAAAACAAGAACCUCAAAAACUAGAUCCUGUCGUCUUUCUGUGGCUCCAAAGGAGAAGGCACGGGUGCACACUGGGGGGUAGCCACUCCGAGCAUCCAGUUUCAGAACACAGGUCUGCCUGUGAGGACAUGUUCAACACAGGCACCAUGGCCCACUUGGCCACAAACUCUGACUUCCAUCUUCAGGGGGCCAGCAUCUGCCCAGCAGAGAAGCUGCCAGGCCCUCCAGCUGCCAGGGCCGUGACGUUGCAGAGGGAGGAUGCAGUACCAGCAAUUAACAAAGGCCUUACAUGA